AUGGCAACGGAGGCGGCACAAGUUUCGAAAGACUUAUCUGUGUCGACGGCUUUUCCGGGUUUCAAAUUCUCGCCGACUGAUAUCGAGCUUCUUUCCUAUUACUUGAAGCGGAAGAUGGAUGGCUUCGAGAGCUCCGUCCAGAUUAUACCUGAGGUCGACAUUUACAACUUCGAGCCCUGGGAUUUGCCCGAUACAUCCAUUGUUAAAUCUGACAGCGAAUGGUUCUUCUUCUGCACUCGUGGUAAAAAGUAUCCCCACGGUUCGCAGAACAGAAGAGCAACCAAGAUUGGAUACUGGAAAGCCACAGGAAAAGCACGGAAUGUGAAGUCAGGUUCUGAAGUCAUUGGAACAAAGAGGACACUUGUAUUCCACAUUGGUCGUGCACCUAAAGGAGGAAGGACGGAAUGGAUUAUGCACGAGUACUGCACGAUUGGAGUAUCACUGGAUGCUCUGGUUAUUUGCCGACUUAGGAGGAAUGCUGAAUUUAAAGGAGCUGCAGUUCAAAAGCCACAACAGCCAGACUUAUCACCUGACAAGCACCUAAACCAGCAGAAUGAAGCUAUUUCAGAUGGUACAUCUGGUUGGGAGAAUAUGGUUGAUUUUUACUUAUCAAGUGAAUCAGGGCAGGAACUACUCAGCGAAAUAGCAGAAUCUUCACAAAAUCCACAGGUUACUAGUGAAGAAGAUUUCUAUGCGGAUAUCCUGAGGGAUGAUAUAGUGAAGCUGGAUGAUCCGACAGUCUCGGGUAAUACACUGAUCAAUGUCCCGAGGCUUCAAACAGAGUCCAAAACCACAAGAGUGCUGCCUUUACCCAGCAUGGUAGACAUACAACUGCAAUCACUGCUACAGAAACUGCCAUUACAGAAUGACAUUGGAGAAGAAAACAACAUAUCCAUGUCUAGUUGCUUUAUCGGUAUCUACUCGAUUAAGUCGAUAAACCGAGCACGGUGGGACAUUAUUGCUUGGGUGCUGGUUAUGAUAGCUGUACUGGUGUUUUAUCUGGUGUAA